UACCCAGCUAUUCCAUUCUCAACAGCCGUUAGCACUACAACUAGAUAGAAUGUUUGGCAAAGCCUUAAUCACAAUCUUGGCUCUCUUGGCAACAGCCCAGAGCGCGACAAUUCCUUAUGGAUUAAUAGCUGAGCAGGAAGGUCGCAUUGUGGGCGGCACCCCAACAACCAUCACAGCGCAUCCUUGGCAAGUUUCGAUGCAACGCUCUGGAGUCCACUUCUGUGGCGGCAGCCUGAUCAGUUCCACCGUUGUGGUGACCGCUGCGCAUUGUCUGCUCAAGGUGACAGUUGCCACGCUGAGAGUGCGCGCUGGAUCCACCUAUCGAUCACUUGGGGGCGUCACCAGCAAUGCUGCCUCAUUUAAGGUGCACGAGGAUUACGACAGCAGCACCAAGAUCAACGACAUUGGCAUUGUGAAGCUCCAAACGAAGCUGACCCUGGGCACCAACAUCAAAGCCAUCGCGUUGGCAACCACAGCUCCUCAACAUGGAGCUGCCGCCAGUUGCUCUGGCUGGGGAUCAACUUCCUAUGCUGGCAACUCCUACUCCGCCAAGCUCCUGUACAUCGACACUAGCAUUGUGGGACGCACGGAGUGUGCCAGCUCCAGCUAUAGCUACGGUUCUAAAAUCAAGGACACGAUGAUUUGUGCGGCGGCCAGCAACAAGGAUGCUUGCCAGGGAGACUCCGGUGGACCGCUUGUAUCAGGUGGCAAACUGGUCGGCAUUGUCUCUUGGGGCACAAACUGCGCAUUGGCAAAGUACCCGGGUGUAUAUGCGGAUGUGGCCAAGCUCAGUGCCUGGGUGACUAAACAGUUGUAGUUUGACUGGCUUGAACUUUGAGCUUUAGAAGCAAUCUUCCGUUCUUAGGCAUGAUUGUGAUAAGAGAAUAAUAUAUACAUAUAAGUUCAGUAAAUAAUUCUGAUAAGUUGCACGGAUGUUAUGCAAUCUAAACUUACA